CGGUGCGCUCCUCUUCUGUAAAGUGCGCACACUUUGCUGCGCCGCUCUCGGUGAUCAGGAGGCGCCGCGGGAGCAGAGGGAGAAGGAAGAAUAAAAAAAGAAAAAAAAAAAAGCUGGGACCCACAUGGCUCGAUGACAUGAUGGUCCGACCCUCUUCCCUUCCCCCCUCCAUCUCUCUCAUUCCUGUUCUCCUCCGACUCCUCCUCCUCCCUCCGUCUCUCAUCUCCUCUUCCUUCUCCAACGCCCCACUGAGCUGGACCUCGCCUCACGAGCCCUGCUACCACCCAGAUGGCCGUCCGCGACACUGCCUGUCGGAGUUUAUCAAUGCCGCUUACGGGGUCCAAGUCAACGUCACCCACUCCCGACACGGGCCCGAUAACAACCCCAACAUCACCACCCUAACGGACCUGCACAACCCAAACAACCUGACCUGCUGGAGGGCUCGCGCAGGAGGCGACUCCGGCGACUGGGUCUUCACCUUACCGCUGGGCCGCCGCUUUGAGAUCACCUAUAUCAGCUUGCAGUUCUGCAGCCAAGGGCAGCCGUCUGACCCCAUAUCCAUCUCCAUCCUUAAAUCCAUGGACCACGGGCGUACCUGGCGGCCGAUGCAGCACUACUCCAGCAACUGUCUGGAGGACUUCAAACAACCCUCAUUGACCAUCGCCCAAACGAGACACCAAGAGACAGAGCCGCUCUGUUCGGACCCCCGGCCCCUGCAGAGGCAGCGGGGCAGCACAGUCCUUGCCUUCUCCACUCUGGAUGGUCGCCCGUCUUCUCCUGAUUUUGAUUACAGCCCCACCCUCCAGGACUGGGUCACGGCCACGGACAUCCGGGUUGUCUUCCACAGAACUUCCAACAACGUAAAGGCUACAGAUAAAAUGGAAGAAAUCCAGUGGCGUGACGGCCUCCCUGACUCCAAACGAACUGGGAUUCUGAAGUGGAAAUUGGAUACAAAGAGCGACACUGGAGAUCAGGUGGACAAAUUAAGAGACAAUGCACUGGCUUUUUUUGACAAGGACAAAAGAAAAAACUCAGAGAUUAGUAGGAGGAAUAAGGAGGAACGGAUAGACAAGCAGCGUCAGAAGGACCAUCGCAAAGGUUCUGGUCAUGGCCAAGAUGGACACAAUGUGACCAGCAAGGAAGGAGAAGACACUUUUGGCACCACCGACUUACUCGCUUCGCCAAAAAAAGGUGGCAAAGCCAGAAAGCGAAAUCGCAACAAGGAAAACAACUUUUGGGUCCCUUGCUCAAACGGAGACUGCACUUGGACGGUCGAAGGGCGGAGCAGGAAGAAUGGUGGCCGGGAACUGAGGAAGAGGAGGAACAACAACCCCAACACAAAACAAAACUUACGGACUUCCCAGCCCUCUGGCUUGAUCCUCCCUGUCCGAGCUCCUCUGGCCAUUUCCGACCUGCAAGUCGGAGGGAGGUGCAAAUGCAACGGACACGCUUCCAGGUGUCGCCGUGACGACGCAGGUCAGGCAGUGUGUGUGUGCGAGCAUCACACGGCGGGCCCAGACUGUGACAUAUGUGAGGACUUCUAUGUUGAUAGACCGUGGCAUCGCGCUACACCCACUCACCCAAACCCCUGCGUUGCCUGUGAGUGUAAUGGCCACUCACACAAAUGCCGCUUCAGCAUGGAGGUGUUCCAGCAGUCGGGCAGGAAGAGCGGAGGCGUGUGCCUGAAGUGUCGCCACCACACGGCCGGGCGCCACUGCCAGUACUGCCAGAACGGCUACACCCGCGACUCCAGCAAGCCGCUCGACCACCGCAAGGCCUGCCAACCAUGCCAGUGCCAUCCUCUGGGAGCUGUGGGCCGCUGGUGCAACCAAACGUCGGGUCAGUGUCUGUGUCGAGAAGGAGUGACCGGCCUCAGGUGUAACCGCUGCGCUCCGGGAUACAAGCAGGGCAAGUCCCCGCUGCGACCCUGCAUACGCAUUCAGGAGGUCGCUCCAACCCCUGUGUACCAACCUCAGUACAGCAUCGCGGAGGAGUGUGUGUCCUACUGCCAGCCCUCUGAGGUCAAAGUCAGGAUGAACCUGGAGACGUAUUGUCUCAAGGACUAUGUGCUGAAGGUGCAGGUGAGAGGGAUGGAGCGUUCAGGACCGUGGUGGCAGUUCUCCAUCGCUGUACAAACCGUCUUCCGGACAGGCUCUAACUCCCGUGUCCGGAGGGGCUCCCAGUCCCUCUGGGUUCCCGACCGCGACCUCAGCUGCGGCUGCCCCGCCCUCCACGUGGGCCGGACAUUCCUCCUCAUCGGCGCAGAGGAAGGGGAGCGGAGUUGGGCUCCGGAAGAGAGUCGCCUGGUGGCGGAUCGCUCCACACUGGCCCUCCAGUGGCGGGAACACUGGAGCCCCAAGCUCAGGGGCUUCCGGGGGCAGGACAAGAGGGGCCGCUGCCCCCAGAAAUCCCCAAGCGCCCACCGCCCCCGUAGCAGGGAGCACGCAAAGACACAUUCUGCAUACAUCCCCCCUCACCUGCUGACUGAGAAGGAUGCCAGCCCUCAUUUUGACAAAACUGUGAACUUGGAUGAGGCUCAGAGCAGCACAGAGCGACACAUCGCCCCCACAGAGACAGGACCCUCUUCUUCCACCAUCGCUCUGGUGUGUUCGACACAAAAUCCUGAGUAAAAUAAAAAAAAUUACAAGUACAAACAAAAAAUAUUCACAGACAGGUGUUCUUGUCAUGUUGAAGGUUUUAGUAGAGAGUUUGGACUAGUUUGUCCAUUUUCAGGAAAAAUCCAUCUUCACGCGUGAAAAACAUCUGAAUUAGCUUUUAGCUGCUGCUGCGUACAUUUACAGGAGAAAGCGUCGUGCUCUUAUCCUGCAGAAAAUUAAUUUGAAAAUUUAAUUGAUGACAAAAGUAUCCUCACCAGCAAGAAUGGUGCUGUAAAAAUAUUUGAUUUUUUUUAACCCAUUAAGAAAAUAAACACUGAAAAGUUAUGCUGUAUAUUUUCUUGUAUUUUCACUGUUUGUAAUCAGAAUGUUUUAUUUAUUUCCAUUAGAGAAAAACUUAGGAGAAUUUUUUUCAUGGGGGAUCACAGUGUUUCUUUUCGGAAGACUUUACUCAAACAGGCUGAAAAAUAAUCUGGGUAGAACUGUUUGCAAUAUGACAUAAUGCUUUUUAUAUUGUAAAAAAAAAAAAAAAUCUUAAAAUUUUGUUUGAAUGAAUAAAAAAUAGUUAAAUAAUAAAACAUCUGCUAUGAACUAAAAAAUUGUCCAUGAUUUGAUCUUGUUUAGAACAAAAAUCACUCAUGCCUGCAGUCACAGCUGCAGCAGAGCAAACAGACUUCAUCCUCGGUUUGUUUCCUUACUCAACAGACGAACACAUUCACCAAACUAACUCCCGCUUUCUACACUAAUCCUCCCACAGAUCCGAAAAACAUCCGUCUGACUUGUCGAUAUGACUUCUGCUCCCAUUUGGCACACAUGGCGUCAUGGCUCUUGGGAGCCGGUGGUGGGGGGCAUCAGGACAGAUGGACGGGCUCCGAUUUGUCGAGCAGCGGCCAUGUUUUGGCAGCAGCGGUGGCCGGGCUGCCAUGUUGACGCUUGUGAUUGAAAAUAAAGAAAGAAAAAUAGACUUGCUGAUUGAAGACCCUGGAGCAGAGCAUACAAUACGCCCCGGGGGAUUUUUAUUUUUAUUUUUUUUGUGUGCUUGGAGACCCACAUGUCCCUAAACUCAGCUGGCAGCUCGUCUUUCAAUUAGAUGUAAAUAGUUUUUUAACAUUUUUGCUUCAGUCAUUUUUUUAUCUCCUCUUAGGUUUUCCUUCCCAAGCAAAGUUUUUUUUUUUAAAGUAGUAAUCCGAUAAUGUUUGAUGUGUUAUUAGGAAAUGUUAUCGCAAAGAAAAAUUAGCUAGGCCUGGAUUGAUGUGUAAUGUUCAUAUUAAAAUUAUUCAUACGGUUCAAGAGUUUUAUAGUCAAUUAUUUAGAAACCAAAGUAGCAAAAGAAAAAAAAAUCCAGCAUUUUUUUUAAUUAACAGAAACAAUAAGCACGCCCACACAAUAUAAACUCAUUUCUUCUCUAAACUCUUAUUUAAUUAAACCAUCUAUACUUUGUUUAUAAUGUCACAAACACCUAUAGGGGAAAACCUGAGUACGAUUAACAAUCCAACUGAAUAGCACCAAUCAUUUGUUUUUUCUGAUUCCAAAAUAAAGCAAACACACACAUUGAUACAUUUCAAAAAUCCUGCUCAAAUUAAACAAUGCCCAAAUUAAUCUGAUCUGAAUUUUAAUAAAGUUUUGGGUAUAAAUUUGCAUUUUCAGAAACACCACAUUCUUUACUUUA